AUGGAAGAUCAAAAUGGAGGGGACUAUCAACAUUACCUUAGCCGAAGUCGGGCAGCUCAGAUCUCAGCACACUACAACACCACGACUUCGACAUCGUCAGCUGGCCUAUUCAAGACGCCACAAUUACCUCAACACACCACAUCAAAGUCCAGGGCGCAACCGCUUGCGUACGCCUCAUACCUGGGAGACGAACAUGUCGUGUCGUCACCUCUUUAUGACGGCUAUCACCACGGCGGAUCACCCUCACUGAAUUACAACAACUAUGUGGCCCAUCAACAAUCUCUUUCGCCAUCUUUUGAGAACGCUGAUUUUGUAUACGGCUAUCAGCAAGUUCCUAGAGCGCACAACUCACCUCAUUAUACACAGCACGCCAUGCCAUCGAUGAACAUCUCUUCAUACUAUGGCAUGCCUCAUGCUGCGCAGCCAUUUCCUGCGAGUACAGCUCCCCUUCAUGAUCUGCAUUCAACGACAGCUGGGUCUGGCCUGUACGACACCGUCUCGUUCGAUCACCAAGUAUUCCAAAUAUCAGGCUUCACCGAUACUAGCGACGGCCAUGAUAGUUACCACUCAAAGGGACAUGCUCAACAGUCAGCUAUAGGACAGAAAUACGCUGGUAAUCUAUAUGAGCUGUUCAAUCAAUACCAAGUUCAUACUAUGGAGAUUUUUACACUGGUUAGAGAUCGUCAAUUGAAACCAACAGCAAGCCUACUCCUCCAGAUCUCAAAAUUUUUGAUAGGCAAUGUAGAAGCCCUGGGACUCGAUCGAGAUGACAAAACCCAAUACCAAGAACGACUUAAAUUGUGGGAUACUUUCAACCAAUGCUGGCUGACCGUGUUGCAUUCUCAGCACAAGACGACUCAAAUAAUGGCUCGGACUGGACAGCAGUUGCCGCUCGGACAGUCGACCCUAGACUUCGAUGACCUUGAGGUCCUUGGGCAAGAGAUUGUGCAAUUAUGCGAUGGUAUAGAGAAGACAGGGUUGGUCGACUACCAAAUGGGCGUAGCUGAGGAGCGAAUCGUCGACCUCCUGUUGAAAUGUCUAGACGCAGCGCGUCAGUGCUCGCAAGCUACGCCUUGA